GGUUCACGGUAAUGGAACGCCAGAGAAUAAUAUUGUUACUACUCCUCCCGUUUCAACAAGCUGAGCGGGAGCAUUCAGGUCACCGAGAAUUUACAUAGUGUAAAAUGCGGUCUUCGCGUUACAUCCUGGGAGCUCUGCUCCCUCUCGUCCCCCUUUGCGCGGCCGCUCCCGCCGAGUCGGCCAAAGUACCCAAGCACGCUACCGUCGUCGAUCACCGUACCGUUGCCUCCAACUAUACCUUCAUCAUCGCCGGCGGAGGCAUUGCGGGGCUCACGCUUGCGGACCGCCUGACCGAGGAUCCGAACGUGAGCGUGCUGGUCAUUGAGGCCGGCCCCUUGGACCAAGGCCAGGAUGGCAUCCUCGUGCCCGGCGCCUAUGCACCGUACCUCUACUUCUGGCCCGGUCUCACCAGUGUCCCCCAGGAAGGUCUCAACAACAGGGCCGUCACAGGGAUUGCCGCCCAGGUGGCGGGAGGUGGCAGCACCAUCAACGCCAUGGUGUAUUUGAGGGGUGACGCGGACGACUAUGACGCCUGGGGUGCGCUCGGUAAUUCUGGCUGGAGCUGGGAUAACAUGCUGCCUUACUUCAAGAAGGCCGAAACCUUUACCGCACCAGACGCUGCAUUUGCUGCUGCAGGAAACAUCUCGUGGGAUGCCGCGGUCCGGGGCGACUCUGGGCCGGUACAGUAUUCGUACCCAAACUAUUUCUACCCUGGGAGUGCAAACUGGUGGAACGCCGCCGGCGAGGUUGGACUCCCUCCGGCCAAAGAUCCUCUGUCUGGAAACAAGCAAGGCGUUUUCUGGAUACCCUCGGCUCUCGAGGCUAGCACGAUGACCAGAUUUCACGCGAGGCGGAGCCAUUAUGACAGAGUCAAGGACACCCGGCCUAACUACCACCUUCUCACCUCUAAUGUGGUAGCCAAGGUUUUGUUCAACGGAAAGAAGGCUAUCGGCGUGAGCUAUUUGCCGACAACGACCGACGACACGACCGCCCCCACAAACGCGUAUGCAGCCAACGAAGUCAUCCUGACUGCUGGAGGUUUCGGCACACCCAAGAUUCUCCAGCUAUCCGGUAUUGGUCCGAAGAAGCUACUCAAGAAGUUCAACAUCCCUCUUGUUCAGGACCUUCCUGGUGUUGGGCAGAACUUGCAAGACCAGCCUACUUUAUCCAUCCCGUAUACCUUCACUGCUAACACAAUCCCCAACUACGGUUCCCUUCUCACGAACACUACUUUCAACGCCGAGCAGCGCGCCUUGUACGACUCAUCUCUACCGAGCGCUUACACCAUGGUUAGCAGUCUGAGCAGUAACAUAGGCACUGUCUCUCUCCAACGAGCGACAGCAUCCUACCAGCAGAUCAUCGCCGCAGCCAAGGCACACAACCCGGCUGACUCGCUCCCCGCGGACGUCGACGCCACCGUAUUGGAGGGCUACAAGGCGCAGCGCGAGGCGCUCCUGAAGCAGUUCGCCAGCGCCAACGUCGGAGUCGGGACCCUCCACUGGGGCACCGCCGACGCAGCCCUGGUGUACCAUCUCAAGCCCCUCAGCCGCGGCGCGGUCAACAUCAACUCGACGGACCCGCGCGCGAACCCGCUCAUCGAUUUCCGCACCGCCACCGACCCGACCGAUCUGCAGGUGUACACGGCGCUGUUCCGCAAGAACCGCGAGCUGUUCGCGGCGCCUUCCAUGCAAGUGCUCGGCCCGACCGAGGCGGCACCUUUCGGCGCAGAGGUGACCACAGACGAACAGAUCGCAGCUGUCAUGCGCGAGCUGGUCAACCCGUCCAACGCCCACCAGUGCUGCACGGCUGCGAUGAUGCCCAAGGAGCUGGGCGGUGUUGUUUCGAGUGAGCAGAAGGUGUAUGGUGUUCAGGGGCUUCGUGUGGCCGACAUCAGCGUCUGGCCCUUUCAGCUUUCUGGUGCCCCCAUGGGCACGAUAUACGCGUCUGCGGAGAGGCUAGCCGAUAUGAUCAAGAAGGAGUACUGCCUGGCUGACGCCUGCUGAGUUUGUGUGCUGGCUUGUGGGCUGCCAUCCGUGGGGCGAGUUAUAUCUCGAGCACCGCAUAGUAUCUUGAGAAGCAAAUGGCUCUAAUUAGUCGUAAUGGAGUGAAGCUGCACCACAAGGGGGGAUUGUUCAUGGUACCCCUAACCCCCUUUUUUGGGACAACCUCCAACUCACCCAGAAAAAGUUGAGUAAACAAAAAUAAUACAAUCCCAUC